AGUCGACGACUACGAAAUAUCUGUUCCGUGCCGCACCGCGAAUAACCCUUGUGCCAACCGUUAUAUUACCUGUCUUCACAGCUAUUCCGCUGUCACUCUUUCGGGUCUGUUUUUGUUAUCCGCAUUCUCUCUUUCAUCGAUCUUCUUACUUUUAUUUUUACUAUUCCUCCACUAUUUGCGUGAACGUCUCCUUAACAUAUCUAUUUCGCCUGCUCUAAAAUUAUAUCAUAGCGGCUCCUUGCUUUCCGCCGUACUCCCUUUUUUAUAUUGUUCUGUUUUCGGUACACAGCCGACGGCUACGAUUAACACGUCACAGCACGAUCCUCCACCGCGGAAGAGGACGUCUUUCUUGGUUUAUCGCUCCUGUGUAUCCCCACACCUCCUCACUCUCUUUUACCUUCUCUCCUUCUCCCCCACGCUCUCCCCCAUGGCGAUCGAAGGCACCCAGCAGACUGAGGGCGUCUGCCGUGCGCAGAAGGAGUGGGUCCUCAAGGUGAAGUCGACGGCCACGCUGCUCUCCCGCAGCGCCGCCCAGGCACAGCGCAACUUCGAUCAAUACCUGACCGCCAUGGAGCACGUCGCGGCGCUGUACAAGGACUACGGUGCCCUGCUAAGUACCGCGAAGGCGCCGUUUCUUGCCAUUGAGGCCGACAUCCCCGACUUGGCGGAGCUGAAGGCGAACACGGCCCGCAUGCACGCCAUCGUGCACAGGUGGGAGCACUCCGAGGUUCUCUACGCCGUGCGCGGCCAACUGCAUGUGCAGACCGACGUCCUCAAGUCGCGCAGCGCCCUCGCCGCGAAGGCGCUCGACGGGUGCGUGGAGCGGGAAAACUUAAUGAGCGCCUACGUAGUGAAGAGCGCGAGGCUGGCGCGUAAGCUGCGCAAUCAAAGCCCGGAGGCAGAGGAGCUGCAGAAGGAAUGCGACAAGCUCGAGCGCCGCCUCGGGGAGAUGCAGGCGACGACGCAGAAGAACGUGGAGGCGGUCGCGGUGAAGUCCAGCGCCAGCCUGACGCACCUCACCGCGAAGUUCUGCAAGGCCAUGUACAAGAACGGCGCGUACCUGGAGAAAAAAUUCCGCCCAAGCCAUCUCGGCGUGGGGGAGGAGGACGUCUCGAGCUUCAGCGAGACGGACGAGAACAGCGCCAUCACCGGCGUGUUUGGUGGUCUGCGCAGUCCACAAAGCGAGCGUUCGUCCGUCACGGCGAGCGGCAUUUACGGACUAAACCGCAACCGUUACCAUCCACAGGAGGCGCAGCGGCCUUUGCUUGCCGCGGUGGACAACCCACAGAGCACCGGCAUCCCUCUCCGCUACCACCCCGAGGCACCCACAGCUGUCAACACACAAUAA